AUCAGUCCUGCCUCCUAAAAAAAUUUGGAGUCCCAACCCAAAACGGCGUCGUUCUCUAAUCCCAGCCCCUCCGUUUUGCCUUUACCUCUUCUGCAAUCAUCUCCAUCUCUAUCUCCAAUUCCUUCUCCAUCGCCUCUCAUCUCCAUCGACUCCUCCGAAUCCUUCGAUUCCACUGCAAUUCAUCUUUUCCGUCGACGGUGACCCCUGCUUUUUUUCACUUCUUCUGCAAUCAUCUCCAUCUCCAUCGAUUCCUCCAAUUUCUCCAAUUUUUCAAAUGCAAUCCCACGCCAGCGGCUUAAUCCCCAACACCCACUACUUUAACCCCAUUAUGUUGUUGCAAUUCAUCAUCUCCAUCAAUUCUACGGCUGCAAUUCAUCAUUCUUGCCUAACUCUUCCUUCUUUGGCUUAACCCCAAAAAAAUUGAACUAUAUAUCACAUGAAUAUCAUUUUGCAUCACAAAAUUUGAUACGAUUACGAUGAUCGUGAGAAAGACUGUGACCGCCACCACCAUCACCACCGCUCAGAGUCCUCUGCAAAGCCCAAGACUGAAGCAGCCACUAAAGCCGCUUCUGUAUCUCCAACAACAACUGCCGCAGACAAGAAGCAUAAGGGGAGCAUCUUCUCUCGCAUAUGUUUUCCCGAGGAAGAGACCAAUAAGAGACGUAAGCUGUCCUCUGAACCUGCAUCUUCUUCUGCUCAUGACAAGGCAGCUUCCAAUGGUUACCACGAUGAACAUAAGUCAUCAUCCUCUGCUGCUGCUGCCAAGGCUGUUUUCACUAGUGUAAAGAAGAGCAGUAGCAGUGCGAUAGAUUAUGAGUCUAGCGACGAUGAGCGACAUUUCAAGAGGAAGCCUUCAAGGUAUGAAUCAUCACUUCCACCAAUGGCUGAGAGGGAAGAUAAGCCACGGCAUUCAAAGGGGUCUAGAGAACAAGAACGGAGCGGCUAUGGUAAACACAGAUAGAAUGCAGAAUGCUGGCUCUGGUAGUGUAGCUGCACUGCUUGCUUCUGCUUUUUCCUUUUCAUUUUUUUUUAUUCUGGCUGCUGCUGCUGCUGUGUUUGCAUCCUUGGUGCAGAUGAAAAAUUGUUGGCAUAUACACAAGAAACCCACUGAUUUUUUGCAGUAAUGUCAGGUUUUUUUGCUGCCCCUGUUCAAGUAAUCUUCUUGGGUUUGUUUGUUCAUCACAGUAGUUGGGUUUCACUUCUUUUGUUUUUUUGGUGAACUCUAUGUUAUGAAAUUUUGACAUGAUCUACUUGGAUUAAGGGUAAUUGGAUCUUGAUUUAGCUUUGGAUAUGAUUCAUUAACCUCUUGAUUUUCUGUUGCACAUGAUGUACUAUUAAAUUCAGUUCACUUGGUUUUGAACAGUUUCCAUUAUAAUCUGAUUGGUGUUUUUUUUUUUAUGUUAUUGAAUUUUUAUGAUGAUGGGUUGCUUACUGAGUAAAUGGGUAUGGGAAAAUUUUGUGAUGCAAAAUGAUAGCUCAUGUGAUAUAUAGUUCAAUUUUUUUGGGGUUAAGCCGAAGAAGGAAGAGCUAGGCAAGAAUGAUGAAUUGCAGCGGUAGAAUCGACGGAGAUGAUGAAUUGUAGCAGCAUAAUGGGGUUAAAGUAGUGGGUGUUGGGGAUUAAGCUGCUGGCAUGGGAUUGCAUUUG